AUGGAAGUUGUUGAAAUUAUAACAGUAGUCUUCGUAGGCCUCUUGGGAAUUUUAAUCUACCUUUUGAUAAAAUAUCCGGAUAGAAGUAUUGGUACAAAACCAAGGACAGAUCUUAAUGGUCCUAAAGGUUAUCCACUCAUUGGAAAUUUAUUAGAUAUUCAUAAAGAUAAUAAAGGUCUCUUGAUGUUCAUGUGCGAAACUUUAGCAAAAUACGGUCCAAAUGCAACGUUUACCUUACCAGGCAUGGGUAGGGUUAUCACAAUUAAUAAUCCCGAAGGCAUCGAACACGUUUUGAAAACGAAUUUCGAGAACUAUCAUAAAUCACCACUCCUUUAUGAUAUUGUUUAUAAAGUUUUUGGAGAUGGAAUUUUCAAUACUAAUGGAAAUGCAUGGAGAAUGCAAAGAAAAUUAUCGAGUCAUUUAUUCAACACCAGAAAUUUUCGUGAGAUAUUUUGCGUCGUAUUUAAAAAAGAUACCGAAAUCGUAUUAAAUACCUUGGAUAAAUUAGCAAGGACUGGUGAAACGUUUGAUUUACAAGAUUUAUUUUUUAGGUUUACAAUGGAUUCUUUCGUAAAAAUUACAUUUGGUAUUGACCUUAAAUGCCUGGAAAAUCCAAAAGAACCGGUAAAAUUUGCAUCAGCAUUCGAUUUUGCGCAAAGAGUAAUAAGCAAUCGAAUCGAAAAUCCUUUUUGGAAAUUUACGGAAUUAUUUACAGAAGAAGGUCGUACAAUGCGUGAAUCGUGCGAUUAUUUGUCAACCUUUGCUUAUGAUAUAAUUAAGAACCAUAGGAAUAAUCCGGAAGCAUUAAAAAACCCUAGGGAUAUCCUUAAUAUAUUUAUGAACGCUCAACAUGAUAACGGAGAAAAAUUGUCCGAUAAGGAAUUAAGAGAUGUUGUAAUAAAUUUUAUCAUUGCCGGACGUGACACAACAGCACAAACGCUCUCGUGGAUGAUGUAUAAUCUUAUGGCCGAACCUUCCGUUGAAGAAAAAUUAGUUAAAGAAGUUAAUUCUUUGCUCACGCCAGAAAAUCCAAUUUCAAAUUAUGAAAAUAUAAAACUUUUUCAAUAUACGCAGGCAGCAUUUUACGAAACGCUUCGAUUACAUCCUAUAGUACCGAAAACUCUUAGGAUAUGUCUUAAAGAUGAUGUUCUUCCCAAUGGCAUACCGAUUUAUGCUGGUGAUAUGGUUAAUUGGUCAUCCUGGUCAAUGGGAAGAGAUGAAAGGAUAUGGGGAAAUGAUGCAAAGCAAUUUAAUCCCGAAAGAUUUUUUAAUUCUGAAGAUGGAUUGAAGCCAAGUCAAUAUAAAUUCGUUAGUUUUAAUGCUGGUCCAAGAUUAUGUCUUGGGCAACAUUUUGCCACAGUUGAAGCCAUAAUGUUAGCGACGGCUGUAUUAAGAAAAUUUAAAUUUGAAAUGGUACCGGGACAAAAAUGUCCUCCUGAUUAUGCUCGUUCUAUAACAUUACCAAUGAAAGAUCCUUUACUAGUUAAAGUUCGUUAUAGAGGAUGA